CCGGCCCGGGGCAGGGAGGACAUGGGCGCCAAGCAGAGCGGCCCGGCCACCGCUAACGGCCGUACCCGUGCGUACUCAGGCUCGGAUCUACCUUCCAGCAGCAGCGGAGGGGCCAAUGAGACCGCGGGCAGCGGCGGCGGGGCUCGGGAGGCGGCCGCGGGCAGGUUUCCGGCUCAGGUGCCUAGUGCACAUCAGCCCAGCGCUUCGGGCGGCGCAGCCGCGGCCUCGGCAGCCCCGCACAGCCGCUCCCUCGGCGGGGCCGUGGGGAGCGUGGCGUCGGGGGCCCCAGCCGCGCAGUCCUCCUUCAGCAUCCCCAACAGCAGCAGCGCCUACGGCUCGCAGGACUCGGUGCACAGCAGCCCCGAGGGCGGCGGCGGCGGCGGCAGGGACCGGCCGGCGGGCGGGGGCCCCGGCGGGCCGCGCCUGGUGAUCGGCUCCCUCCCAGCUCACCUCUCGCCGCACAUGUUUGGAGGAUUUAAGUGCCCUGUAUGCUCAAAAUUUGUACCCUCUGAUGAAAUGGAUUUGCACCUUGUGAUGUGUUUAACAAAGCCAAGAAUAACCUAUAAUGAGGAUGUACUGAGUAAAGAUGCUGGGGAAUGUGCAAUAUGUCUUGAAGAAUUGCAGCAGGGAGAUACUAUAGCACGACUGCCUUGCCUAUGCAUAUAUCAUAAAAGCUGCAUAGAUGAAUGGUUUGAAGUAAAUAGAUCUUGUCCUGAGCACCCUUCAGAUUAAGCAUCAGAUUCCUGUUUUAUAGGAUGCUUGAAAAAUCUAGAGGAUUUGAGGAUCUGUCUCUGGAAAAACAAAAAUGCAGGCUUACUCAGCCAGAAAUCUGAGUUCUGUGAGACUUGGUAAUACAGAGAUGGACAAUCACACAAGAAAAAAGAAAAAACAUCCUGCUGAAGAGAGGACAGUAACCACAGAACUCAGUGUACCAAACUUGCAUAUAAGGGACACACAGGGAUUUUGAAAAUGCUGCACAUCCCUUAAUAGUCAUCUACAUAGGUAAUACUGAUGAACAUUUUGUAUUCAGACGCCAAAGUUAACUGAUUUAAAAGUUGAUUUACUUUUUAUUCAGUUCUCUAGAGCUGCGCAACUAGCUGUGUUUUGAUUUGUUUUGUUUUGUUUCUUUAAUUUGGGGUCUCUUUUAUUUCCCCCAACAUAAUGUUUUUGCAUUCACUUAUUCUUAAAUUGAAAAACCAUAUAAGUUACUUCUCAUAAAGUCUUAAAUGUGAAACCAAGAAAUGUAAUCAAGCAGUAAAACAUUCUCUGAAUGUAGACCAUGAUCUCAAGUUCUUCCAUUUUUCCCCCAAGUGUGGAAAACUAAUUUCUACAUAGGAAAACUAAAAUAUGUUUGUUUUUAAAUUAAAGGUUUAAAUAUUAUCAGAAUGCUGCCCAAAGAAUAAAUCAAGUUACAUAAUUACAUUUUAAUUAAAUAAAUGUAGAAAUUGUCUACUGAAUUGUAGUUUAUAAAAUAUAUUGUUUCCUCUUAAAUAAAACUGCUCAACAUUUAAUCAGCAAUCAUCUUGCAGCUAUGCAACUUUUAAAAUAAUAUAAAUUAUUCAUUUUAAGUGCUGCCAGCUAUAAUAACUUUUGUUUUAACGGGUAUUUUUUUUUUCUUUUUUCAUGUGAUUAUUUUAUUGUACUUUGCAUCUCCAGGCAGUUUUCCCACAUUUGGGUAAAAUGUGUAGCAGAGCAUAAGCUUAAAAUUUAUGAAAAAGAGUAAAACAGAAAUUUCUGAAGUGGAAGUUGGAAUAAUUUGAGGGGUAUUUUAUAUACCUUUAAACAUCAGGAUUUAAAAUUGGGAUGUCAGGUUUAUAGCAAUUCACACCUUUAAUUUUCCAGAUAAUCUGGAAGUUAACAUUUGAUAAAUGAUUUUUUAAAGCAAAUACAAAGAUUUUGUUCAUUUAUAAUUUAUUAAUGUGUUAUUACUCUUAUUGAAAAUGUUAGAGACUUUUAAAUUGAGCCUUGUGUAGAAAAAAUAAUGUAUUAAGCAAAAUUAUGUGAAUAAAUAUUCCCCCAAAAUAUAUCUGAAUGGUUAAAAAUACUGGAAGAGAGCUAUCAGGGCUACAAUAGUGAAUGUCUUUUAGAAAAAAAAAAUAUAUCAACAAUAAGUAGAUUUUGCAUUUUCAACAUAGGGAAAAUGUUAUCAGUAAAUAUUUAGGCAGUGCACUUUACUUAGUUUAAUUGAGAGUUGCACAAUACUGUUUCCUUAUUUUAAGCUCUCUUUAAUGUAUUUAAGUAUUUGCUUUUUAAUUUAACUCUGCUGCUCUUAUUUUCCUUUAGUUUGUUUCCCUACUCUAUUGCUUCUGUUUCAUACUUUCUAAAAGGGCAAGUACAGGAGCAACUGCUGCUCCCCAGAAAAAUUUGUGUAUUAUGAAUAAUUUAAAUAAUUUUUAAUUGCUUUCUGUAUGAUUUCAAACUAGAUAACAUUUUCCCUCAAGUUAUGCUGUGAAAAAUGCCAUUUGUUAUGCUGCAAUUGCUGCAAAGAAUCCAAAACUUCCAUUGUGUCAGCCAACAGCACAGUUUCAUAGGUGCUUUUUUUUAGUAGUUGUAGAAAAUUAUUUUCCCUCAAGGGAAACAUUCUUAAAUUUUUUUCAUAAAAUCUUAGUUUGAAUUUAUUUCACAUUUUCAAUUGUGUAAGCUUUUGCACCCUCCCCUCAUGUACUCCCCCAAGGAAAGCCUCUUAGACUGUGAAUAAUUAAUUUGUUUUCUACUACUGGUAUAUUGUGAUAAGAAUUACUUUGUUGUCUUCCAUUCUUAAGAGAUUUAUUAUAGCUGUGGUAAUUAAUUGUUUAUAUUCUGGCAGUUGAUUUUCUGAUAUAGCUUACUUGUAAACUUUACUUUUUGAACUGUACCGGCUUAAGUUCACUUUUCCUUGUUUACCUUGUCCCAUAUUCUCAGUCUUAAUAAUUUAGCCUAUGUCUAUCAUAAGGCUGUGUGCUGCAGCUGCUACAAUUGAAGCUCCUGGGAUUUUAAAGAAAGUUUAGUGUUUGUCACUGUCGAUGCUACUUGAUUAUUAAUGUUUGUAUAUAGAAAUUUUUACUGAAAUCUGUUUAAAACAACCCCUUUUUGUUAACAUUUACAAAGUUGUUAUUUUUAUUUUAAAUUCAAUCUCUAAUGACUUCUUAGAAUGAAGAAUUUAGGGAAAAGGAGGCGGGAGGAGGGGUAAGCUCAAAUGCUCCAGUUUUUAUUCAAAAUCAAAGUUAUUCUGGAAAAUACUAUAAGUGUUAGUCUAUAAUAUCUCUUAUAAUAUUUGCAGUCUGUAUGCAAACACUGAAUAGUAUAAGUGGGACAUAAAAUUAUGUUGGAUAUUUAAAUAUUCAGCUGAAACUACUGAACACUAAAUAUUAUGGAAAUUAAAAGCCUGGAUUAUCAAGUU